CCCAACAUGUAAAAUCCGUGAAAAACAUCCGGUGUACUGCGCUUUACUCUCCUUAGGGUUGUGCAUUAUUCGAACCGACCUGAAACAGCGAGGCGCCGCUUCCCGUCCGCCCUCGCCGUUCUAGCUCAUUUCUCCGCCGCAUCCGGUCAGUCCGCGAGCAUCAUCCCCAGAAAAGCCAUGGCAAAGAAGCGAGAUAGAGUGACAAAUCCGGAGCCAUUUCUUGCUGGAGCAGAUGAGAGUUCAAAAGCCUCUUCCCGCAAACGCUCUAAAGCUCCGAAAUCCCACCAGGAACAACAGAAGGUAUUAUCUUCUGGUAUGAGCUCCAAGAUACUGAAGGAGGCUUUAAUUCAGCAGAAAGAAGUUGAAGAGGAAGAGGCUCAACAGCAGAACCAUGGCGGCUUAGUUUUUAAAAAAGAUCUUUUACCUGAGGUUGAGGAGGAGGAGAAUGAUGACAACGAUGAUAAUGAUGAUUUAGACAACUUUACAGGGUUUUCUGAAACCAAUGAAUAUGUUGACGUAGAGGAUAAGGUUGAUGAAGAAGAGGAAAGGUUAUUGGCAGCUUUUUUAUCAACAGAUGAUCGUCCCCAGAGGACUUUGGCCGACAUUGUCAUAGAGAGGCUAAAAGAAAAGGAUGCCCAAGCUUCUACAGAUCUGCAAGUGAUGCCCAAUUUAGAUGUGUCCAUUAUUAAUUUGUACAAAGAAGUUGGCCAAUCUCUUAGCAAAUACACAUCAGGGAAAAUUCCAAAAGCUUUUAAACACAUACCUGCAAUGAGGAAUUGGGAGGAUGUCUUGUAUCUGACUGAACCGGAUAAAUGGUCACCAAAUGCUAUGUACCAAGCCACACGACUUUUUGCUUCAGCUAUGGGUACGUCAAAGGUAGAGCGCUUUUACAAGUUUGUAUUGCUUCCACGUGUCAGGGCAGAUAUUAAGAAAAACAAGAAGCUGCAUUUUUCCCUACAUCAAUCUUUGAAGAAAGCUCUUUUUAAACCAGCUGCCUUCAAUAAAGGAAUCUUGUUCCCGUUGUGUGAGUCACGAACUUGCACUACACAGGAGGCUAAAAUUUUCAAAGGGGUUCUUCAGAAGUCAUCUUUUCCAGCCCUUCAUGCUAGUGUUUCACUGCUGAAGCUUGCCGAAAUGGAAUACUGUGGCACAACAAGUUUCUUCAUACAGAUACUGAUCGAAAAGAAAUAUGCUUUGCCAUACCGUGUCCUCGAUGCCAUGGUUGCCCAUUUCUGGAGAUCCUAUGAAGAGCCAAAGGUUAUGCCUGUGAUCUGGCACUUGUCCCUUCUCUGCUUUGUGCGAAGAUACAAAGCUGAUUUACUGAAAGAAGAUAAAUCUAGUAUCAUCAGACUGGUGGAAAAACAAAGGCAUCACUUAAUUACUCCUGAAAUACUGCAGGAGUUGAAUAAGAGCAGAAGUCGCGGGGAAAAGGAAGCGGAUCCCAUGCCGAUAUCCACUCCCGUUUGUGUUAUGAAUAAAACGAUUGAUGAAGAUAGGUUCGAUAUCCCUGAAGUUCCCAUGGAGGAGGAUUAAAGUAUUUGCUGGGGGCACUGGCCUCUGAGUGAGAUUGUUCUUUAAAUUUUGACUCUUUGUGUUUGCAGUAGGUGCCACCUAUUUUUGUUUUCUCUUUCAAAUGUAUACUGGGAUUUGAUAGUUUUGGUGCUACUGUUAUGUGUUUCAAAUGUUAUUCUAUAUGCAACUUGUUUCAAAUGUUUCUUUGAAUUUUUAACCUUAUUUUUCAUAGGUCAAGUUUUAAUUUUUUUAUUAUAUAAUUUCAUCUAUUACUCUCUUCUUUCCAAAUUGAUUUGUUCAUUUUGGCUUUAGGAUGAUUAAGAAGACCAUUGAAAGAUAUUGAACAUUCAAAAAUGAAUGUUUGUAAUUUAU